CGCCCAACGUGGCCUGUGUACGGCGAGUUGCCAGAUCAGUCGCAGCGGCGGGAGCUCUGGCCCAGCGUACAGCAGUCUGCCAGCUACACAGGAAACGCGCCGAGUGGCGGGGCGUGGCGUCGCUUCAGUGCCCAUCGCUUCAGCUAGCUUGCCGACGAGGUGUGCACUUCGGCCGCAACCAUGAGCGUUCCCUCGCAGCAGCGUCAGACCGCUGGCGCCAGCGACCCGCAGUCAGAGCUGCUGGCUGCAAUGCUGGCAGGGGACUUGGGCAGGUUCGAGCAGCUGCUGGCGAGCGGCGCGGCGCACGCGGCGCACUUGUACGGCAGCCCGCACUUCGGCAACGCCCUCGUGGUCGCCUGCAGGCACCGGGAGCUGCCGCCCACCUUCGCCCAGCGGCUGCUCUGCGACGUCUCUCCCAAUGUGCACGAGCCCAGGCCGGAGCCGGUGCACUACGCCGCAAGGAGCGGCAACGUGGCGGCGCUGCAGGAGCUGCUGUCGCACAAGAAGACGCGGGUGAGCGCGCAGACGGCGUGCGGCCGCACGGCGCUGCACUGGGCUGUGCUGGGCUUCCGCGACGCGCCCGCAGACAAGAAGCUGGCGGUGCGGCUGGAGGCGUGCGUCGCCGCCCUCGUCGACUGCCCACUGUUCGACGUUAACCGCGCCGACGACGAAGGCUUCACCGCUCUGCACCUAGCAGCGCUCUACGCACUGCCUCGCGCAGCUGCCGCCAUAAUCGACAGCUGCAGGCGAUCGCGGCGGACCCUGCAGGUGGACAACUACUUCGGCGGUAGACAGACUGCCCGCCAGGCGGUUCUGGCGUCGCUGCCGCAGCUGUGCGGCCGGUUGCCGCGACCCGCGGACGGCGGCGCUCAGACGGUGCACGUGCGGCUGCUGCGCGCCAUGGACGACCGCGACCCGCAGCGCUACGAGCACAUCAUGGACGCCGCCGCCGACAAGGAGGGCUUCGACCCAGACGUCUGGAUCGAGCAGCCAUUCAACACGCGCCUGCUGCACCACGCCUGCCAACUUGCGGAACACACUCAGUCUAGUCGUCCCCAGAAAGAGGAGCCAGUGGGUUGGCUGGGAGAAGAGAACAGCACUGGGCUCCCGCCGCUGGUGGCGGCGCUCUUCGCGAAGGAUUUCGGGGCCUUCUGCAGUCUGCUGCAGAGUCGCGAUGUACGGCCCAACGAGCAGUAUGAAGCUGUUGGGGGCUGCACGUGCCUGGAGCUGGCCUGCCGGCACCCCGACGUACCAGUGUGCUUUGUGCGGCAGCUGCUCGACAGCGGCGCCAGGCCCAACGUCGACAGCCCUGUGCCACAGCCAGUACACUUUGCUGCCAGGUGGGCCAAUCCGGGCGCACUGGCGGCGCUGCUGUCGCAUCCGGAGACGCGCGUCAACGCGACGGACGCCGGGGGGCGGACGGCUCUGCACGGCGCGGUGCUGAAGCUGGUGGGACAGGCACCUGGAGAGGUGGCGGACGCACUGGAGCGCUGCGUGCAGCUGCUCGCGCGCUGCCCGCGGCUCGACGUCAACUGCGGCGACGCUCUCGGCUUCUCCGCGCUGCACCUCGCGGCGCAGAAGCGCAGCCGCCGCGCCGUCGCCGUCCUCGUCAACAAGUGCAGCACGGCUCUUCGGCGAUGUCGCCACGACUGUCGCCUGUGCCCGCAGAGUAAUGCCACGGAGGUACCUACCGGAGGCGCCACAGCUCAGCACUGCCUCCGGCUGCUCUGCCGCAGGUCCGCGCACCGCGAUCUGGACGUGGACAGCGCGGUGGUGGGCGGGCGCACGGCGCGCCAGGCAGUGGCCGCCGACCUGCCGGACCUGGCGUGGGAGCUGCCGCCCCCGCACGGCGAGCGCGACGCCUGGUCGGACGCCGACCGCCAGCUGGGGCGGGCCGGCGCCGACGCGUCGCAGCUCGCCCUGCGCUUCGCCUCCGUCACGCUCGAGUUCGGCGCUGAUCCGACGGCCGCCAACCUGCUCGACAGCAGGACGGCGCUCCACGUGGUUGCUGCAACAGGCAACUCUGCGAUAGCAGAGCUUCUGCUCUCCCACCCUCCGCAGAGCUUUCCGGUGGGGAAAAGAGCGGCUAACGAAAAGAGUUCUACAGAGGUGGAAUCGACUUUUUGAAACCAUGUGUACAGCAGUGUAGGUUAAGGUGCC